AUGAUACAGGACAAGUUGCUGCUGACCGUACUGACACUUACCUCAAUACAUCAAGGUGCUACUACUAGUGACGGUCAUUCGAAACAACAGCAUACCGAAUGCGGAAUCUACCUUGCACCGAGCACGAUUCCUGGGGCUGGACUAGGCAUGUACGCUGGGAAUCGCGAUUACGAGGCAGGAGAAGGUUUGACAGAUGGAGACUUGCUGGUCCCGAUUUUUGAUUUGGAUUGGCACAAUGAUUACGAAGAAUAUGAGUUUUUGUGGGAUGAAUACACAUGGGCAGCCAAAAGCUUCAACGGUAUGGAAGAGGAGGAGACCGACGAUCCAGAUCAAAUAUGCGUAGCAAGUUUCGGGAUGGGAGCUGCUGUCAACUGCAUGUUGCCUUUGGUGAAUGCAGUUGACGCUUUAACCGUAGAUGAUUAUUUCUCUGAGAAGAGCGGACUGGACAAUGCUGGCUUAUCCUCAGAGUCGCCAGGGGUUGGGGCAUUUACUCCGCAUCAUGGUCGCCCUACGAAAGCACGGCGAGAUAUUCCAGCUGGCCAAGAGUUAUUUGUAAACUAUGGGGAAGACUAUUUUACUUCGCGAGAAGGAUACGCCUCAGUACCACUUACUCAAGACUACCGAGAAGCUGACAGAAUCACAAAGAGAUUCCAAAUUCUUAUAAUUGCUCUACGUAGUCUGUCACUAUCAGCACAAGGAGACCUUUGGAAGCUAGUCAAAAAUUCAACCAGUUGGAACAGCCGUCUCCAAAAUGCACUAUACGACAGGUAUGAAGAUGUUCUUCGAAAUGACGAAGGCGGUGCAGCCUAUAGGCACUACAAUACCAGUAUUCGAAGUCUUGAUUGGCUCGAAGAACACGGGGCAUGCAUGGACCAUAUCGAGGCCGGAGUAAGUACUGUUCCGGAUGCCGGUCGAGGUGCCUUUGCACGUCGAUUUAUCAAGAAAGGAGAUGUUGUCAGUCCAACGCCCCUAAUUCACCUCCCAGAUCGCAAUAUCUUGACAAUAUACGAUGCAAAGGUGGUCCUCAAUCCAGAUGAUGACAGCGAGCAUGUACUUACGAGAGACGGUGAUCAACCAAGUCAUCAGCAGUUGAUGCUGAACUACUGUUUCGGGCAUCGAGAUUCAACACUUCUGCUUUGCCCCUACGGGUAUUUGUCCGCACUCAUAAACCAUUCUUACAAAGAGCCUAAUGCAAGAAUAUCCUGGUCCCAGAAGGAGAGCAUCGUCGGUCAUCCAGAAUGGUUAAAUCAAUCGUUGAAGGAAUGGGGAAACAAAGGCUAUGCUGGUCUCAGCCUCGACUUUGUUGCAUUGAGAGACAUUGAAAAAUCGGAAGAAAUUCUAAUUGACUAUGGAAUAGAGUGGGAAGAAGCCUGGCAAAAGCAUGUGUCCAACUUCAAGUCACCAAGAAAAGACUACAUUCCAGCCUUUGAAUUGAAUCGAAUGGCUGAUUUGAGAGUCAAGACUAUCUCCGAGUACGACUACAAGUACCACGGCAUAAAUAUGUUUUGUCGCCGGUAUUAUGUUGUUCAGUUUGAUAGCGAUAUUGAAGUAUCCAAGGACUGGGAAGGUUUUGAAGACGAUCGAAACGUGCUGUUGGGAAUCUAUCCUUGUCGGGUGGUCGAACGCCACAAUGAUAAUUCGUACACGGUAGAGAUUAUUGAUAAGGAAUAUGCAUCUGUCGAUGACCAAUACGUUUGGCCACACCAUGAAGUGGUGUCGCACAUCCUCUUCAACGUACCGAGAGAUAUAUUCUACUUUCGUGACGAGCCGAAUCACCGAGACCAUCACCAAAAAUGGAGUUUUCGACACGAUAUGAGGAUUCCAGACGACAUAUUUCCAGAGGUGUGGAAGAAUCGUUUGCAUGACGAGACGACGGAGGGGUUGGAGGAUACUCCAGACUCUGCAGAUGACGAUGAAUGCGACCAAGAUUAUUUGACAUGCGCUGAAUUGUAA